GAAACCGCCUUUCAGGCCUUAAAAGAAAAGCUCACCACGGCCUCUGUCUUUGCCUACUCUAAUUUUUCACAAGAGUUUUUGCUUUUCACAAACAUUUCAGGAAUCUCUCUUGGCGCAAUUCUUUCCCAGAGAGAUUUGCAAGGAAGAGAAAGGGAAUAUACCUUCACCGUCGUUCACCGUGCCAGAAAAUCUCAUUCUAACGCUAACAGUUUAUCCCGUAUUGCUGAAUCUUCUACUACAACACCUGCCGAUUUUUGA